CCCUGUAUGCGUUCCGAGCAUGAGAAUUACUCAAUUUCCGACUGGUUUGUUGAAGAAAUUAUUGCCAGGUCACAAUCUACCGUCCGCCAUCAUAGUAGGAUACUCCGCUUGACCAGGCUGCCACUAAAGAUUUCGUCUCUACGAUUGUUCCCAUUUAUCGGCUGUGUUCGCAGAUCUCUCGAGUGCAAUGUUCUGAUUUGUGGCUUUCAACGGCCCCAGCGAGAAGAAGUGACGAUUAUCGCCAAACUUCUGAAGACAAUGACACUGCGCAUGAAUCCCUCGCGAUUCUAUCAUGCGAAGUGAAAAUUCAGUUUCUAUGAGAAGGUUUAGCGCCGGGAAAUCGUGAGCAGGCUAUUUCUAAAACAUUAGCCGUGGGAAUCACUAAUUUCUUGCCCGCGGAAGUGUACAGAAUAGAAGCUGUGGUGUGUUGAAGCAAUGGCGUCGCAUGUGCUCUUGGAUGAGCAAUGGGGUGAAGGAAUGAAAGACAUGCUGGCGUUGUUCGAAGAGGAAACGCUGCUGACGAAGCCCAAAGAUGAUGUCAAAAAUAAGCGCAAGAAAGACGAAACUCCUGUUUCGAACGGAUUGGCCGAGUGGUCCCUUCUGUACCUCAAGUAUCUCCAAGUCUACACCAAACUCGAAGAUUGCUACGAUCAGAUUGUUCACCCUCAAAAACGCAGAGAUGCAAAAAAAGCACUGGAAGCAUGCAUCGGCCGUAUACUGGAGAUAAAAUCAUUCAUGGUGAUUCUUAACGAAGGAGGUGAAUAUUACGAUUUUUCUGACUAUCUGGUGAACCGCAAGCUGAGCUUUGAAGUGCUGAACGUGAUUCCCCCACGUUUUCUCACCGAUGAUAACAAAGCCCUUCUAGAAUCUCGUGAAAAGUUUUUGAUCGCUGCAUUGACAAAACACGGAUUGAUGAAUGUUCCGGAGCCAGCCAAACCACCUUCCGUCUUGACGCUCGAUGAGGCUGCCAUCCUAAUCCAGGCGGAGGAAAGGGGACGUCAAGCUCGACAGAAGAUCGCCGAGAUCCAGAAAAUACGGGCAAUGCAAGAGGUAGAGCUGGCACGUCAAAAAGCUGGAGUGGAAUCUCACACACGUGAAAGUGCUUGCCUGGUGAUUCAGCGGGUUAUCCGGGGGUUCCUCGGGAGAGUACGCACAAGGAAGGCUGCCCUGAAGGAGCUUACAUUUCUAGAUAUGAACAACUUCCAGCCACCGGAUCCAGAAGAUCCGAGAAAAAAGUUGGUGGAGAUAAACGAUAGACGGAAGAAGGCCCAGCUGGAAAACGAGCUGGAGCUGCAGAAUGCUACUUGCGCAACACUUCAGAAAAUCAAGGAUCUAGAAGGGCAGGAGAUGUGCGAGAUUAUACAGGAGAGAAUAAAUGUGUACCUGAACGAGAAUAGAGAACCGGAGACAGGAAUGUACCAAGGGUUGCCGAAGAAGAAAGACGGAGGGAGCUAUUCGAUUGUCGAUCCUCUACCGGCGAUCGAGCGCCCCGUUUCAGACAAGGACAAGAAGAAGGGAGGCGCUGACCAACCACAGAAGAAAACGAAGAAGACCAAAGGCGGUCAAGUGCCACCUCCAAAGUUCCCUGAACCAGAUGAAGAUGCGCCACCGACGUGCCCUGAUUACUUCAGAAGAUUUGUGAAAGAGUCUCAUGAUCUGUACAAGAAACACUGGUUUGACAAGGAUGACUAUGACAACUUCGAGCAGAAGUUCGUUCCAGACCUUCUGAAAUCAGCCCUGCGACCUAUAGUGUUUGAAGAGAUGAGGCUACUGACAGAUGACAACACGAAAAAGCUGCUAGUCAACCUGAAGAAGAAGAUGAAAAUUGAAAAGAAGGCCAGGAUUAAGGCACUGCUGAAGCAGGCCAAAAAAGAAGGCAAAGAGAAGGAAUUCAAAGCUAGACUUAAGGCCGAGAGAGCCCAGGAAAAGAAGGACAGAAUUGCACGAAAGAAAGCGAAGAAGGAAGCCGAAAAAGAGAAGAAAGACGAAGGCGCUCCUCCACCGCCUAAGAAGCCGAAAAGGAAAAAAGACCCAACUAUGAACAAGAGCUUGGACAUCAUCUUCGAUGAGCUGGUGAAGAAUGGGAUCAUACAGCUUUGCCCACAGCGCUCCUUUUCUGAGUAUGUAGGAGCCGAAAACUACACCGCUGUCCCUCCAAAGCCGGGCUGGGCCGCUAGAGUUGACCCAUCCAUGGCACAGGCUAAAAGACAAGUAAUCGAAUACUGCAUCCUUCCUCUGGCUACGGAGAUGGUUAACUCGAAGGCGCCUUUGAUCAAGUCCGUUCUCUUAUAUGGUGGUGAAGGUGUUGGCAAAACUCUGCUGGUACAUGCAGCUUGUCGUUCAGCAGGUUGCACAUUCUUUAACUUGUCACCACGAAACACGAACGGGAAAUUCCAAGGAGGCAAGAAGGUGGUUCAGAUGAUUCAGAUGACGUUCAAGAUGGCCAAAAUCAUGGCGCCUAGCAUUAUUUACAUAGAUGAAGUUGAAAAGGUGUUCAUAAACGCCAGGAAGAAAAUCAAAAGCUGGGGAAUGAAGGAUAAACCCAAUAGAAUAAAAAGAGCGUUGAAUAAAGAAAUGAAAGCCAUUUGGCCAGGCGAUCGCGUUGUUGUCAUCGGGUGUACAAAUAGACCUCAGGAUUGUGGGGGCAAAAAUGGUCCGAACAAGCUCACGAGUACCUUCUUGAAUUUUUUUACAAAACGCAUCUACUGCCCAUACCCGGACUAUGCGAGUAGGCUGAUGAUCUGGAGAGUUCUCCUGGAGAGGCAUAAAGCACAACUGAAGUACGGAUUUGAUGUAUCGAUUUUGGCAAGCUACUCCAAAGACUUUAGCGUAAGCUCUAUUGAGCAGGUCAUCAAAUGGGCCUGCACCGAGAAGCGCGUCCGUUGUAUGAAGAGAGUGACACUUCAGCCCGAUGAAAUAUUGAACCAUUGCUACAAGAUUCAGCCAUGGGAUGUGGAGACUCAUAACAGGGUCAGGGACUACGGAAAGCCUCCCCCGCCAGAAGAGGAGCCUGUGAAGGGACAAAGAGGCAAAAAACCUCCACCGAAACCAGCCAAAGGGAAGUAAAUAGUGAUCUUGAAUUUGAAUAACACAUGUCUUGUAUAUUUCAGCAUCUUUAGGUCUCCACAGGAUUCUGAUUCUCGUUCGAAGACUCGGAGUGAAGUGUUCUUCAGUUUUGUUCAGGACACCGACUCUAAAGGAAAGAAGAAGGAGUCUAUGAGAAUAGAUAUGCAUUGCUAUAGUAGUUCACAUUUGCAUUCGAAGCGUUCGUCUUGCGGUGUGAAGGGCAACCCUCUCCAUACUCUGAGAAGUAGGGUUAAGUACAUCAGCAAAGAGCUCGGCGAUAGCCAAUAUUCCCUCAGCAGACUAUUUAACAUGAAUUUAUGGACAUACACAUGAUAAUUGGUCGGAUAUUUACCUCGAGACUGCUCCCGGUGGAAAGGCCGAGACUGGCUGAGUAAAAGUUCUCUCUCUUGUUCUUUCUCUCUCUCUCGCUCAAAGUUUUAAAAUUCAUGUGAGUUUGGGCCCAGGCCCAUUGG